CCCUGUCCGUCCCCGUCCCCGCGCCUGUAGUGUGUGUGUGUGUGUGUGUCGCCCUCACGCAAGAUCAGCGCCAGGAUCACGUCUGCCGCACAGGAGGCCCAGCUGAUGGAGGGAUGGCUCAGACUGGACGCGUGCUAGGCUAUGUACCCAUGACCGAGUUUGACGGGCAGGUGGAGCCCACAAAACUAGUCCGGUUGCGGGUGAUAGGCGGUAGUGGGUUAGCGAAAAAAGACAUAUUUGGUGCAAGUGACCCUUAUGUAAAGAUCGAGUUAAUAAAUAUAAACGCCAGCGGAGGGGAUGACGUGGUGGACGGGGUGCACACGAAGACCAAGAAGAAGACAUUAAAUCCACGAUGGGAUCAAGAGUUUGUUUUCAGAGUGAAGCCGGCUGACCACAAGCUGGUCUUGGAGGUGUUUGACGAGAACCGGCUGACGCGGGACGACUUCCUAGGCCAGGUGGAGUUGCCGCUGCUCAACCUGCCGAGGGAGGUGGAGGGCCGGCAGAUCCCUCACCGCCACUUCAAGCUACAGCCACGAAGGUCAGUGUAUCGUUCUCGGUCGAGGGUGAAGGGGCACCUGCAGCUCUAUGUGGCCUACGUAGCUGAUGACGGGGCAAGCAACAGCGGGGCGUCGGGCGAACAGACCCCCGAGGACGCUGGGUGGGAGGUGGUGAGCAUUGACAACAGCACCGGCCAUGAGGAGUCUCCAGCACAGCCGGUCGUGGUGCCCAACGACAGUCAGAGUCCCCUGCCUGAGGGCUGGGAGGAGCGGCAGGAUGCUAACGGCAGGACCUACUACGUCAACCAUAACGCCCGCACCACACAAUGGGAGCGCCCUACCAGCUCUCAAGGCAAUAAUGAGCAGGAGCGGAUGGAGUCGGCACAGAAUGAGUUUAGAAAUGAAUUCCGUCGGAGGUUCCACAUAUCAGUGGACGACAGCGAGGUGUCCAGAGGAGGGGAGAACAACACCAACAUUAUACAGCGGCAACCACUGAGUGCCGAAGACGAAGUUGAUGAGGAGGAUGAGGAUGAGGAGGAUUAUGAGGAUGAGGAUGAUGGUGAGGAGGAGGAGGAGGAGGAUGGAGAGGGACCUCAAGAGGAGGAGGCACAGCCUCCCUUUGACCAAGUUGUUUCUGAAGAGAUUCAGGAAGCACAAAGUUCGGCAGGCCAGCGUCCAUCCCCUUCAAAAAGUUCCCCUGCAACCCCCACCUCUGUCACCACCACUAGUGUCACCAAUAAUGCACCCAAGCCACAAAACCAGGGCACCAGCGGGAGUGAUGAAACCCUGCCUCGAGGUUGGACCAGCCAGGUGGCCCCCAAUGGCAGAGUGUUCUUCAUCGACCACAUCAACAAGCAGACCACUUGGAUUGACCCGCGCUCCGGCAUGCCCAGCUCCCCGCCCAACCAGCGCCACCCCAGCAACUGGAGGCACGAGGAUGAGCUUGGGCCCCUGCCUGAAGGGUGGGAGCAGCGGGUACACACAGACGGACGGAUAUUCUUCAUCGAUCAUAAAAAACGCACAACAACUUGGGAGGAUCCUCGCUUACUGAACCCAGCCAUUGCAGGCAAGGCAAUACCAUACUCUCGGGACUACAAGCAGAAGUAUGAAUUCUUCAAGAACAGACUACCAAAACCUGCCAAUGUCCCCAACAAGUUUGACAUCAAGGUGAAGAGAAACAACAUACUAGAGGAUUCAUUUGCCAUCAUUAGCCAGGUGUCACGUGUCGACCUCCUGCGAACCAAACUAUGGAUAGAGUUUGAGGGAGAGGUUGGCCUCGACUAUGGUGGAGUGGCAAGAGAGUUCUUCUUCCUGCUCUCCAAAGAAAUGUUCAACCCUUACUACGGACUGUUUGAAUACUCUGCCACGGACAACUACACCCUGCAGAUCAACCCUUACUCUGGCAUGUGUAAUGAGGAGCAUCUCAGAUACUUCAAGUUCAUUGGUCGCGUUGCUGGCAUGGCGGUGUUCCACGGCAAACUACUUGAUGCCUUCUUCAUCCGACCAUUUUAUAAAAUGAUGCUGUCCAAGCCCAUUGAACUGAAGGACAUGGAGAGUGUGGAUUCCGAGUACUACAAUUCCCUGCUCUGGAUCCAGGAGAACGACCCGGCAGACUUGGAUUUGACCUUCAGUGUGGACGAGGAAACCUUUGGAAGGACCACGUCCCACAACCUGAAGGAGAAUGGAUUAAACAUUCCUGUGACCAAUGAGAACAAGAACGAGUACAUUGAGCUGGUGAUCAACUGGCGCUUCGUCCAACGUAUCCACAACCAGAUGGAGGCCUUCAGGGAGGGCUUCAACGAUGUGGUGCCCGUCUCACACAUCAAGAUAUUCGACGAGAAUGAACUUGAGCUGCUCAUGUGUGGCAUCGUCUCCAUCGAUGUCAAGGACUGGAGGAACAACACCGUCUACAAGGGAGAGUACCACCCCAACCACAUUGUCAUCCAGUGGUUCUGGCGGGUGGUGUUGUCCUUCACCAAUGAGAUGAGAGCACGUCUCCUGCAGUUCGUCACUGGCACCUCUCGUGUCCCCAUGAACGGAUUUAAGGAGCUGUACGGCAGCAAUGGUCCACAGCUGUUCACCAUCGAGAUGUGGGGAGAAACCAAGAACUACCCACGCUCUCAUACCUGCUUCAACCGUCUGGACCUUCCACCAUACCAGUCAUACCACGAGCUGCGGGAGAAGCUCGUCAAGGCCAUUGAAGGGACGGUCGGCUUUGCCGGGGUUGACUAGAAGCAACAUGCUGCUCCUGCUGCUGCUGAUCUCUGUGAUGAUUGAUAUGUAUGCCAUAGAGUUUAUACACAGGAACUGACAGUCACUUGUCAUUCAAAAUAUAUAUGUUAUAGGAGGUGGCAAAUGUAAGGUGUGUGUGUGUGUGUGUGUGUGUGUGUGUGUGUGUGUGUGUGUGUGUGUGUGUGUGUGUGUGUGUGUGUGUGUGUGAACACCUGCCUGUGCAGGUGUUCAUUGUGGUAAUGGAUUUAUGAGGAGUCAUGUUCUUUAAGUGAGAUUUGAUGGACUGUUGACUUUAGUGUACACGCAUGGAUGUACUGGAAAGUUUCUAUCCACCUUAAAAUGGCAUUUUCAGUUUCUCUAUAUUUUCUAGGAAAAUUAGGAGUCUGAAUAAAAGUAUCUUUCCAAACCAGUGUUUUUGGUUGUUACUUAAUAGACAUGGAAUUUUAUUUAUGUAUAGUUUGUGUAGUUAAAAAUGUUAAAGCAUUUUCAAACAUUUAGCAUCAGAUUACGGCUGAACAAAUCAACAUACUGAAGGGUUGCUUUCCCUUACAACUCCAAUGAAUACCAUGCUCUUCUCUUUGAUAAGUGUAAACCAUUUGACAUUUACCACAUAUUCAAUAGCUUAGCCGUUACUCCUUGUUGUUACAAGGUUAGUGAUUUCAUAUAAUAGUGCAUUGUGGAGAGUAGAUCAACCCCAGUCCACAUUUUAUAAGUAAUUUUAGUAGUAACAUCAGAGCCUCACUGCUAAGGUUACCAGGCAUUUUGUAACGAGUCCAACACUUGGUACCUGCUGUGUCACUGCAGGCAGGCAGACAGGCAGCCACAGGUCGUGUAAUGAACAGUUCUUUGUCUUUUGUAUAAUGUGUGUGUGCAUGACUGCUUGGUGUGUGUGAGUGAAUCAAACCAAAAGGUAAUAAUUCUGUCCUGUUACACAUUAGCAUGAUUGUGCAUAAUAAUAAGUAUGUCCACUACAUAAAGCAAAUUGCAAAUAAGUUGAGAUGGCAAGGGAAUGAUCAAGAUCAGACUGCUUUCUGCAUUGUUUGUGCAGACAACUCUAGAAAGUGGAAGAAAAACUCUAAUAAAAGUAGAAGUUAAUUUCAUGAAGUCAUAUUGCAACUUCAUUGUCUAAAAUAUGAUGGCUGAAGGAAUCCCUGUGAAAACCAACCUUUUAAGGCUACUAUUAAGAGGCGUGGCAAUCGAGUUCUUAGCCAUCCAAGUCAACAUUAGCAUUACACAAACACUGAUUGGAAAGAAUCAUUACUUAGCAUGUGGCAAGAGUGUACUUCAUGUAGGUCCACAUCUGCAUGUUUCACUGUACAUACAACUUGGGCUUAUGAAAGGGACUUCAACUGAAAUAAGAGAUUUCUAUUCUGUUGCAUAAUGCAUGCCAUCACACGUAUGCACAUGGUAUCGUCCCAUCAUGUACAGCUUAAAUAAGAGUUAAUCUGUCUUGGUAAGGAAGUCCUUUAUUCCAGUCUUAAACUGUAAUGAUAAGUGCAACUUUAAGCUGUUCUGAUAUUGAGAUGUAGGGUGUAUAUACAUUUAUAAAUAUAUAUAGAUAUAUAUAAUUUUAUUUUUAUUUUGUUACACAUCUAUGUUUUGUUGGCGUUUCUUUCCACUGUGAAGGGCAGAUUUCUGCUCCUUGCAGUGGAGGCUGCUUUGUGCUCCUGGAAGUUCCCCCUCAGUAAUGCAGCAAUUAUUAUACUGUUUAUUGGUUACUUGCAACUAGGUAGUUAUCAUGUAUAUACUCUGCAAGCACAGGUGAAGCAACCACCCUCCUCCCAGACACUGCCCAGAGUGUCUCCUCUAGUACUAAACCUCUGUAUUUGUUAUUUUGUUGUGAAUUAUUGUUAAUUUAGUCUUUUGUAAGAUUUAUACGAUACAUUGCUUCAAGCGUAAUGUUUGUGUGUUACGUACAUCUUUGCUGACACUCCCAAGCUUUAUGUCUUACUAGUGGCUUAAGAGGAGAUAUUUCUCUCUUCAUCAGGACAUAACUGCAUUAUCAUUUGGCUCUGUAAAGGCAAACAGGGGAAGGAUCUAUACUUAAUCAUUGUGUACAUACAAAGAGGAGUUUGUGUGGGCAGAGCAGUGUGCGCUGCAAUGUGCCGUUCGGUGUAAAAUUAAGAACGUCAUUGACAUUGUUAUCCGAUAAAAAAAAUUUACAUGAUUUAUGUAUUCACUAAGUCAGUGGAAGAUAUAUAUAUAUACUGGUGUGUUACAGGAUGGGAAGUUAUUGUCACAGUUUUAUCAGUGAUUUAAUACAUUAUUAUAAAAAGUGUUUACACUGUAUGCAAACUACUGUUGGUGAACCAUUUCAUACAUUUUGGAAGUUUUUAUUUUAUUCUAUUUCCUGCAAUUCUUCAUACUUAUCUUCAUCACCACCAAGACAUACAUUUGUUCCUUGUCAUACUGUCCAUACAUUUUCCUUUUAAUUCUUGGAGGCAUUUUUGUAAACACUGUAAUCUUGAAGGAAUGUGCCAGCAAACUACAAAUCCCAGAUACUGUUUGCCUUCAGUCAUCCAAUUUGCAUUCACUGUGUUCCCUCCCUCACUCAGUGCUCCUCUAUCCAACAUUCCUGCCUUCCUCCACCAUUUACCAUUCGUCCCUCUCCUUUAACAUUCACCCAUAUCUGCUUCUAGUCACAUUUACUCAGCAGCUUGCCCAACAUUUAUCCAUACUUAACCCUAAUCAGUACUUUGCGUUAGUAUAUCUUUCCCUCUAUUAAACCUUCCUGCUACCCAACAUUCUCACUCACCUUUUUUCAUCGAGCAUUCACCCAUCUUAUGAAAGUGCCACGUUCAUUACACCUUGCUGUUGAAUUUUGUACCUCUCACCCGUCACUGCUGCAUCCCUGUUUAAUGUUAGCCCUCACUCUUCCUGCUCUUUGGAUGAUAGUAACUAAACUCCUUUCCCUCAUCUCAAGCAUCCUACACCGAAGUCAUUCAAUAAUUUCUGAAUUUCUGCAGCUACUGCCACUACCAUAAAUCUCUAGUCUAUUUUUAUGCCAUUUCUGUAUCGGGUUAGUUAGUAUCCAUGAGAUUUCCUUCAAGUAUUGACUUUGUUUACAUGCCAUUCAUGCUGUCAUGUAGGGCAUUGCAUUACAUAGAAUGGUUUCAAUUAUACUCUUUUAAAUUAUAUAUGCCUAUAUAUAUAUGUAUAGUAUAUAAUUUGUGUAUAAUUUUGUGUAACAGGCACUAAAAACCUGUGGUCCACUUGAAACAAAAUUUGAUGUCAUUUGUCUUUUACAUAAGUCUGCAUAUUAUGUCUUGCAAUAAUAGUUUGCUGCUCAGUACUUAACACAGCCAAGUUGCUCUGUUUUAAGAUCACAUGAAAUGUAGGGAGGCUUCAAAGAACAUAGAAUUAUUUUUCUUUAACUGUUCAGCAAUAUCAUUUUUAUGUAAAGGCAAAGAACUGUGCUGCAAACUUUUUACUGCUCUUGAUAGUAUGAGAAAUGUAAUUAGCCUGUUUAUUUACCAGCCACAUCAAGAACUGUAUUUACAAUCUUGCUGAUCAAAGCCUUAGUACAGAUUGAAAGAGUGAGCAUCAGGUCUGGACAUUCAAUAUUGUGCCCACAUCCACACGACUAACCUGCUCAUAGCAUUCUGCAGGAAAGGAGGGACUCCUGAGGUGUGAAGGAGCAUGCGUGUGGUUCUGGCCAUUACCUCUUGGACUGAACAGCUCACCAGACACCUUAGAUACGCAACCUCCCAUACAUACAUCCUGAAACAGAACAUCAAAGUGAACACUAAAAAAUCAUACCCCGAGCUCAUGUGUGUUAAGUGCGUAAGACCCUUAUGAACACUGUUGCAUGACUUAUCAUGCUCGAACAAUACCUUCCUAUUUUUUCAGGUACUAAAGAUUACAGUCUUGUGACCAGACCAGGAUAUAAACUUGUUUGCAGACAAGAUUAUGCAUGACUUCCAUAACUUUAGGCAGGGCAGUUAUCAAAACCCUUAAUCUGUUGUCUGUUAGAUAAAAUUUUGCUUCCAUUAAGGCUAUGUAACAAAUGACUGGCUGUAUAAUCCUCUGUUUCUUAUAUCUUCCUCUUUUUUCUUGUAAAAAUAUUUCCAUGUGUAUCAGAAACAAACAGUAACAUCCCUCAAAUGCAUAACUUCUCCCACUGUUUUGGAGGGCACUGUCAUAAGCAUUUUACAAAUAAAAUGAUAUAUCACCA